GCCAACCUUUUCACAUUUGUUUCGUUUUUCUGCCCGCAACAUAAUCUUCUCGGCCACCUAAGUUCGGAAAACCGUAGGGAAACAAUUAUAGGCUCGGAUUCCAGCCGGUAUGGUGCCGGAAUCGGAGCUAAUCGCCCGACUCCGGGCGUUCUUGAAAGUAUCGGACCUGACCACGACGACGACCGCAAUCGUGCGGCGGAGAUUGGAGGAAGAUUUCGGGAUUGAUUUAUCAGAGAAAAAGAAGUUUAUUAGGGAACAAGUCGACUUAUAUCUCCAAAGCCAGUUCGAAAAUGCCCAAGAAGAACAAGAGCAGGAACAAGAUGAUGAAAAUAACGAAGAAGAUGAUCAGACGGGGAAGAUUAAAUCAGAGGAAACCGACGGCUCUGAUUCGAACGAGGAAGAGGAGGAGAGUGAAAAAGCAAGGAAUAAAAGGGCUUCCACAAAGAAAGGGUCAAAAAGAGUCAACAACGAAGUUAAAAGAAGAGGAGGUGGUUUUAACAAAGUAUGUAGCCUUUCCCCACAACUUCAGGAGCUUGUAGGAGUCUCUACAUUGGCGAGGACUGAGGUAGUCAAGCAAAUAUGGGCUUAUAUCAGACAGAAAAAUUUGCAAGACCCAGAUAACAAGAAAAACAUAAUUUGUGACGAGCCUUUAUAUGCACUUUUUGGUGUACGUUCCAUUGACAUGUUUCAAAUGAACAAAGCCCUGUCAAAGCAUAUCUUGCCCUUGGAUUCAGAUGAAGUUGUUUCAGUCAAGUCAACAGAGAAGGAAAAGCAACUUAAACAUGAUAGAGAAGAAGUUGUUUCAGUCAAGUUAACGGAGAAGGAAAAGCAAUGUAAGCAUGAGAGAGAAGAAGAUCCAGAUGAGCCACAAAGAAAGGAAAAACGACAAAAGGGAUUUCUUGCUCCUCUUCAACUUUCAGAUGCUCUAGUAAAAUUUCUGGGUACUGGAGAAAAUGAGCUUACACGGGCUGUUGUAAUAAAGAGAAUGUGGGAUUACAUAAAAGAACACAACCUCCAGGAUCCAUCUGACAAGAGGAAAGUAAUAUGUGAUGAGAAGCUGAAAGAACUGUUUGAUGUUGAAACCUUCCAUGGCUUCACAGUUACAAAACUCUUAGCUGCUCAUUUUCUCAAGACCUGACAGUCAGAUGCUUCAACAUUGUUUUUGUUAAGCUCAAGAGAAACAAGGGUUUUUCUCCGAGACAGUUUCCUGUUUCCAGUCUUUUCCUUGUAGUUUUUUUUUUUUUUUUUUAAUGUUUGGCAAUAGAAAACCUGAAAUUUAAUUCAUUGUUUUUCCUCUCCAAAGACUGUCAAUGGGAUUUUCGAACUUUUAAAAUUUUAACUAAUUACAUAACAGGUAAUUAGUAGCAUAAAUAAAGCUUAAAACCACAUAUAUAACAGAUUAACAAUUAGUCUAAAGAAAAAUUUAAAAAUAAAACGAAAACAGAGGCAUCAUGCUCAUAGUCCAAAUCAAGCAAAACACUCCUGAACUCACAUCAGAGAAAAAGCAUAUUGAAAUCAGUUUCCUUGAGAUCUAAACUAAUUAAACCAGGUGCCACACCUCUUCACUUGGUUUGCAGCAUUUGUCCUCGGGUAAUUUUUUGCCAUGCCUUUCAGACGUCUGCAACCAGAUGAAUUGG